AUUAUGCGAAAAACUGGCCUCCGCAGGAUCGCUUCCCUGUAACGGCCCGAAGUUGCAGACUUAGUCCGCCGAAUCCCAACUUCAGGGCCAGUCUCUUCCCGCGCCCUUCUGGCCUGCAAGCCCGGCGGCGCCCUGUCGAUCCCGGGCGUCUACGGCGGCCUUCUCGACAAGGUCCCGUUCGGCGCCGCCUUCGGCAAGGGCCUGACCUUCAAGAUGGGCCAGACCAACAUGCACAAGUACCUCGCCCCGCUGCUGGAGCGCAUCCAGAAGGGCGAGAUCGACCCCGGCUUCAUCAUCAGCCAUCGCCUCGAUCUUGA